CACGGAAACACAUUUAAGUGUGAAGGUUCCAAGCAGUCGUUAGCCGUAGCUUUGAUACCUUAAUAUCGAUGGAGAAUGCGGUGCCUCGUUCUCCCUCCUCUCCUCCUUCAUACAAACUUCUGUUGAAGUGCCCCUCUGGUCUCUCCCCUGCACAGGUUUCCGUGGACUUUAGUGAAUCUUACGAUAGGAUUCCGCACCCGGACACUGACUUGGAGAACACCAUUUCUGAGAUAUGGGAACGACGGAUUAGUGAGAAUCCAUCUCUGUACGAUGGCCAAAAGUUUAGGCAUAGAGGGCUUGUAUUGUAUAAACAUGGUGAUUCUAACCAAGUGUCCCAUGUAUGUCUUCAACUUGGUUUGACAGAUUACAGGACUUUUGUCGGCACAAAUUUAAAUCCUCUAUGGGAGAAAUUUCUUGUUCCUUCUGCAGAUGACUCUAUUCGUUGUCAACACACCUCAAGUCCCUUGGGUAAUGGUGCAGUUGUAGAGACAGCUGAUAAAAAGAUCAUUGUAUUGCAAAGAAGCAAUAAUGUAGGGGAAUUUCCUGGACAUUUUGUUUUCCCAGGAGGCCAUCCAGAGCCCCAUGAAAUUGGGAUAUUAGCCCAUCAACAUGAAAAGGACUCAACAGACUUGAGCCAUAUAAACCAGCGGGUUUCUCAGGAAAUGUUUGACAGCAUUAUCCGUGAAGUAGUUGAAGAAACUGGAGUGCCUGCACCUUCUCUGAGCAAUCCUGUCUUUAUUGGUAUAUCUCGUAGGGAGUUGAAUGUCAGACCUACUGCUUUUUUCUUUAUUAGAUGUAAUCUUGAGUCGGGGGAAAUUCAACAACUAUAUUGCAAUGCACAAGAUGGCUAUGAGUCAACACAGCUCUACUUUGUUACAAGGGGUGAGUUAGAGAACCUGACAUCUAAAAUGCCUGGCUGCCAUGCUGGUGGAUAUGCUCUCUACGCGUUGAUGCUAGAAGCUUUGAACGGCAUCUGAUUGAAAAUAGAAGUCCAGAGCUGCUGCUUCUAUCAAGGUUCUCACCCCUAUUGGUAUGGUUUCCAAUGGAACUAUUUGACCUUUUUCUUUUGUGGAGCCUAUAAUUUUAUAUAGAUAUGAGGUUAUAAGGGUGAAUUGUUUCAUUUAUUUCCUUUGUGUAUUGGGAGGACAAGAAAGCAUCAUUCUAUGUUAGUUGUGGCA